UCUUGAAAAUAUAUAUAUUCAUUCUUAUGGACAGUUUACAUCAUCACGCUAGUAUGGCCAAUCAGUCUCCUAUGCAACAUGGUCACGACGGUCAUGAUAUGCCUAUGCCUGACAUGCCCAUGUGCAGUAUGAAUAUGAUCUUCAAUUGGCAAAUAGAAAACGUAUGUGUAGUAUUUGAAUCAUGGCACAUUUAUACUUGGGUUGGAAUGUUGGUUUCUUGCUUUGUUAUCUUUAGUAUUGCUGCUGGUUACGAAUACCUUCGUGCAUGGACCGCCAAUUUGGAUCGUGAAGUGACCUUGGCUGACGUUAAGCGUCAACGUGAUUCUGUUGGUAACAAUGUAAGCUCCAGUGGAAGAAAUGGUGAAUCUGAUACUUUAUUGGGUCAUCAUUUGGAAACAUCAAGUUUACGAAAAAGGCAUCGAGUGAUUCGAUCGGUCAUGUAUGCUAUCUUGAUGGGAAUCAGUUUUUGGUUGAUGUUGGUCUUUAUGACUUACAAUGGUUAUCUAAUGAUUGCUAUCAUUCUUGGUGCUGGUGUUGGUCAUUACAUUUUUGGACAAGGCAAUCUUCCAGCCGCUCGUAGUAUCUCCUGUCAUUGAUCUCUCUGUGUUAUGUGGAAACAAUAUCCCUACAUUUCCAUCUCUCUCUUUCUUUCUUUUUCCUUCUUUUUUUUUUUUUUUUUUGAACCACUACUUGAUCAUCCAUAUCACUAGUCUAUUCCUCAUAUAUUUUUAUCCUUAUUUAUUUGACCUAAAUUAUUUUUUUUUUUGAAUACUUUUUAUAUCUAUUUGAAAUUGGAUAUUAAAUUGACUCUUUUUCUUC